AUGUCAGCGUGGGACUGGGCCGAGCCGGCCGGCCGCGGCGCGCGCGAGGACGAGCGGGACACGUACCGGCAUUGGGAGGAGGAGGGCGAUGGUGUGACGCGCAUCGACGAGGAGCCGGGCGAGUUUGAGGAGGCGUGGGAGCACGCGCCGCCGCGGGAGGAAGCGCGGGAGGAACCGCCGGGCGAGGAGUGGGAGGACGUACACGAGAACGGCCGAACACCGCCGGAGGACGCUUCUGAGUGGAGGCCAGGGGAGGAAGAGGACGAAGACGAGAUGCUGCUGCAGUCGGCCGUGCCGUACGCGGCGCACGGCAACAGCGACAACGAAUGGGGCUUCGGCCACUCCCGCUCGGCCUCACGCAUGGAGAGCGCCGACGAGGAGAUUCCCGAGGAGCUGGACCAGCCGCGCCGCAAGCGUUACAGCAACGUGGCGCCGCGCGUGGACAGCCGGCGCAACAGCGUCAGCAUCAGCCACACCAACAGCAUGCAGGACCUGAGCCAGCGCGCCAGCCUCAGCCGUCGGAACAGCAUCGCCGUGGAACGGCGCACGAGCCUGAACCUCAGCCCGCGGCCGAGCACGCCCGACGCCAGCACGCGCUCCAAGUCGCGCACGCCGUCGCGCUCUCGGGCGCAGUCCCGGCUGGCGCUGCGCAAGGACGACGCCGGCUAUGAGACCGACUGGGAGAACGUCGGCAGCCGCUUCGCCGAGGCCGGCGAGAAGUGGCGCGCGCGCCGCGUCACCUUCUUCAAGAACGGCGACGCCUGGUUCCAGGGCCUGCAGAUGCGGUUCGUACCGGGACGCGACUGCGCUUCGCUCGAGGUGCUCUGCAGCAAGAUUUCCGAGCGACUUGACCUGUCGUCGGGUGUGCGUUACAUCUUCGGUACGGACGGCACACGGAUACGGCGCAUCGAAGAGCUGGCGGACGGCGAGAGCUACGUCUGUUCGUCAACUCGUCAGUUCCAGAAGGCGCCGUACGGCAUGAAGAGCCUGGACAGCCGGACCCAGCCGGAGACGCAUGACCUGAGCGCGCGCCGGGAGAAGCCGAAGCGGCACCGCGUCAAGCCGCUCUCGCCGGUCGUCAAGCGCGUGUUCGGCAAGGGCAGCGGCGGCUCCGGCAAGAGCGGCGGCCGCCGCUCCGGCGACGGCUGCAAGAUCAAGAUCAUCAACAACCUGGACAAGUCGAUCCAGAGCUACGUGCACUUAAACUUGAAAACGACUCAGCGCUUCGAGGACGUGCUCCAGGAUCUCGGGCAAGUUGUGAAGUUGAAGGACGCCCGCAGGAUGUACACCACCUGGGGUCAAGAGGUAAAGAGCUUCUCACAGCUGCGGAACGACUUCUACGAGACCGACACGUUCUACCUGUGCACGGGCGAGCAGACGACAGUGCGGGGCGCGAAGGUGUCGCGAGAGGAGGCGCACCGCGGCGUGGAGGACAAGCGGCUCAACAAGAUCCUGCGACGCCACAACAGCGAGCCCCUCCUGCAGGUGAAAGAAAAGAAGCCGCUGACGACGCGAAGCAGGGCUGAAUCUGUGAGCGACGUCUCGGCUCCGAAGAGCGCCUCCGAGAAGUCCAAGGUCAAGGUCAGCCUGCUAGGCCGCGUGCGGACCUUCUACAAGCCGUCCAAGGACAUGCCCGUGCAGUACCUGCCGCCGGAGAAGCGACUCAAGCUGGACUGGGUUCACGGCUACCGCGGCGUGGACGUGUACCGCAACCUGUGGGUGCUGCCUUCGGGCGAGCUGCUCUACUAUGUGGCCGCCGUGGCCGUGCUGCUGAACAGGCACACCGACUCCCAGCGGCACUACACCGAGCACUCGGAGGACAUCCUGUGCAUGGACCUGCACCCGUCGCGGCACAUCGUGGCCUCCGGCCAGCGGGCCGGGCCGGGCUCGCGCGGCGCCUCGGUCCGGGUCUGGGGCGCCGAGCGCCUCGACACGCUGCACGUGUUCGGCAGCCGGGAGCUGCAGGUGGGCGUGGCUGCCGUCAGCUUCUCCAAGAUGAACCAGGGCGCCUACCUGCUGGCCGUGGACGCCGGCGAUGAGCACCUGCUCACCGUGUGGACCUGGCACAACGAGCAGAUCCUCGGCAAGGUGGCGACGCACCAGGACCACGUGUACGGCGCCAAGUUCCACCCCAUGGACAACAACCUCAUCAUCACGCACGGGAAGCAUCACCUGACGUUCUGGAACAAACGAAGGGACGGUAUCUUCGAUUCUGUUGACGUCUUUGGAACCUCCUCGGCUCGGACGGUGCUGGCGGUGGAGUUCGAGCCCGGCGGGGAUCUGAUCACCGGCGACUCUGACGGCUUCAUCACCACCUGGACCAUCGACAACGAGGGCAAAUACUACAAACGGGUCGACUUCGAGGCGCAUUCCUCGGCGGUGACGUCACUGCUGCUGCUGUCGGAGGUGACGCUGCUGUCGGGCGGCGAGGGCGACCGCAGGAUCUGCGCCUGGGACUGCAGCGAGCAGUACACCAAGCGAGCCGAGACCAGGCUGCCUGAGGCGGCUGGUGGCAUCAGAACGCUGUGUCCGCAACGAAUCAACACCAACGACGGAAACGUGUACGCCGGCACGGUUAAAAACAUGAUUCUAGAGGGCUCCAUCAUGCGUCGCUUUAACACGGUGGUGUUCGGACACAGCAAGCACCUGUGGGCGCUGGCGGGCUGCAACGAUGACGACUGCUUCAUCACCGCCGGCUAUGACAAGCUGGUGGUGAAGUGGAACGACCACCACAAGGUCAUCUGGAAGUCCCCGAUUGGCAGCGAGGCGGUCUCGUGCGCCAUCCACCCGCUGGACACGGUGGUGGCCGUCGGCUCCAUCGACGGCUACCUCUCCGUCUUCAAGCUGUCGGACGGCUCCCAGAUCGGCUCAUUCCGCGUGUGCGGCCAGCCGCUCAGCAGCCUCAGCUACAGCCCAGGCGGUGACAUGCUGGCGGUGGGCGCCCAGACGGGCAGCGUUUACCCGUACAAGGUGGGCCGGGACGGCACCGUGUACGUCAAGUUCGGCCCCAUGCAGGGCACCCAGCCGCUGACCCAGCUGGACUGGAGCACGGACGGCGAGUGUCUGCAGGCCGUCACUGUCGACCACGAGCUCAUACUCUGGAACAAACGAUCGCUGACGAAGGAAAAGUUCCAGUUCAACUUACGGGACAAGAAUUGGGCGUCGUAUACGUGUACUGUGGGCUAUCCGGUUCUAGGAGCGUGGCCGGACCUGCACUUUGACCGUCAGCAGGGCGUCUGGUCGGACAGCUACGCCGACUCGCGUAAGGCCAAGGUGCUGGUGAGCGCCUGCCGGUCGCGUGACCAUGACCUGCUGGCCGUGGGCGACUCGGAAGGCGGCAUCCAGCUCUACAGGUACCCGUGCCCGCUGAACGUCAAGGAGGCGGCGCAGUGCCAUAGCUACAAGCCGCAGAGCUCGUACGUGGCCAGCGCUCGGUUCCUGCGCAGCGGCCGUCAGCUGGUCACUGUCGGCGGCACAGACGCUACUCUGCUGCAGUGGAGGGUCCAGUAGCGCUUAGGCGCUCUCCUGCGGUGGAGGAGCCUGCGACGCCGAGGCGCUCUCCUGCGGUGGAGGAGCCUGCGGCGCUGAGGCGCUCUCCUGCGGUGGAGGAGCCAGCGGCGCUCUGGCGCUCUCCCGCGGUGGAGGAGCCUGCGGCGCCCUGGCACUCUCCCGCGGUGGAGGAGCCAGCGGCGCUGGCGCGCUCUCAAUCUGUGGAGGAGCCAGAGGAACUGUAGUCCGGUGCGGUGAGGAAGAACGAAAUAGAAGAAGACUUGCUUCAUCAGGGUUCCGUCAGAAGAAGCGAUGCUGAGAUCGUAUUGUUGCCGUGAUAGAAGACCAGCUGACGCUGUGAUUGGGUGCCACACCCUUCACUCGUGAUUUGGUAAAGGAGGAUCGUGUGAUUGAUUGAUUGCGCUGAAGCUGCUGAUAGACAACGAUAAGAGAGGGUGGCCGCUGAGGAAGGGGAUUCGGCCGCCACCACCAAGGGAGAUUUCGUGUUGCAAAACAGACAUUGAGGCGUGCUGUUAAUGUAAGCGGACUGCACCAGCUGCGGGGGGUGCGUUGUAAAUAUUGUAUUUGUGGGCCAUGGAAGCCCACACGUGCUGUGCCCUACGCCCGCUGGUAAUGAGCUGUACCUCAGCCAGCUGAUACCUUUGCGACAACGCGUCAAAAUGAGGUGAGCUGCGGAAUGUGUCGGACCUCCCAGACGAUCGGAGGGAGAUGAACAGACUGUCGAAUAUUGAUCUUGUGAUGUCUGUAGGAGCCGUAAAGCAGUGGUUUAGUUUGACGGAAGGAUUUAGACGAACUAGUAUCGUCACGGAUGGAAAAGUCAUUCAGAGCAUCCCUUGGUCCGACGUGUUAGAAUGUACGUAACGUUUCGGCCAGCCAUUUCUCCGGGGAUCGUCAGGUGUUUUGAGUUCUGAGGACUGGCUGCUGGUUGGCUUUCAGCCACAUACAGUCGUCAGCCAUAUCCCGGCCAUCGUCACUCAGUACCUGGCAACGGCCCGAACAUUAGCUGGCCGAAACGUUGUGAACGCACCAACACACCAGGCGAGGACGAUAGUCCGAACGACUAUUCCAUCCGGUAAAGCGGUGCUUGUGGGUGAUACGGGGCUCUCCGCCAUCCGACAGCCAGGCGGCAGUCCAAGGAAGACUGCGCAGACCCGGGCUUUCCUGACGCGGUUUUGGAUGCGGAACUAGAGGUCUAUGCAUCAUGCUUGCGCGGGCUGACCAGGGACGAGUCAAGCGCGGCUCGAGGUGCUUGGAUCACGAGACUUCAGCUACUGAAAUCGCGCGAGACGCGCGGCAAACGAGAUACUAGUUUUACAUGCACCCUCUCGUUUAUUUG